AUGGCGUGCUCCAAGGCGGUGCUGCUCGCCGCGCUCCUUGCCGUCGCAGCGCUCUCCUCCGCCACGGCGCGGGACGACGACUACGACCACCACAUGUACCGCAAGUGCUACAAGUCCUGCGUGAGGAAGUGCGACGACGACUACGACGACGACGACGAUGAUGACGAUGAUGAUGCCUUCAAGAAUGGCAUCCGCCCUGUUGCAGUCUCGGUGUCCGAUGAUCACGACAAUGACGACCACCACGAUGAUCACGACCACGACCACGACCAUGACGACCAUGAUGACCACCACCACGACCAUGGCGACCACGGCGACGACGAUGACGAUGACGAUGAUGACGACGACGACGACGACGACGACGAUGACGAUGACGACGAUGACGACGACGACGACGACGACGAGUGCCGGGUGGAAUGCACCGAGGACUGCGUCGACUACAUACCGGGCAUUUGUUACCAGCACUGCGUCUCCCACUCCUGUCUUUACAUGCCACCAUAUAGCUACCAGAGAGAGGCGUGCUUCCAGCGAUGCGGCCACAGAUGCUACCACCAUGGUCAUGGUCAUCAUCAUCAUCACCACCACCACCAUGACGAUGAUGACGAUGACGAUGACGAUGAUGAUGACGACGACCGCGAGGAUGGCCCAAAACCAAGCCCACCUAAACCUGGACCCAAGCCGAAACCACCCAAGCCAGGGCCAACGCCCAAGCCACCGAAGCCUAGUCCAACGCCGGAGACACCGCCCAUGCAGCAGAAGCCCAGACAGCCAAGGUACGAGACUACAGAGGAUGUAUGUGGUAUAUGUUACACGCGGAAACCAUGUGUCCACAUAGCCAUGUAG